AUGUUAUUAUUCAAACUUAUUUCUCCAGAAGCAUUUGUUAAGUUAGUGGCGAGCGAAAAGGCUCGUAGGGUCAUUCCAGUCGACGCAACAUGGUACCUGCCCAGCUGGAAGCUCAAUAACAAAGAGGAUUUCUUGACCAAACCUCGUAUUCCAAAUUCCAUUUUCUUUGAUAUUGAUGCUAUCAGUGACAAAGAAUCGCCCUAUCCACACAUGUUCCCUACAAAGCAGGUUUUCGAUGAUGCAAUGAGUAAUUUAGGAGUUCAAAAAGAUGAUAUUCUAGUGGUAUACGAUCGUGUUGGUAACUUUAGUUCCCCAAGAUGCGCUUGGACAUUGGGAGUAAUGGGACAUCCUAAGGUGUACUUGCUAAAUAAUUUCAAAAAGUACGAAGAACUCAAGUACCCUCUAGAUUCUUCUGAGGUCGAAGCGUUUUCGCCCUACCCAAAGAGUCAUUAUGAAUCCUCAAAGAGUUUCCAAGAUAAGGAAGUUGUAGACUAUAAAGAAAUGUUCCAAUUAGUCAAGAGCGGGGAACUGGCUAACAAAUUCAAUGCUUUUGAUGCGAGAACUCUGGGUAGAUUCGAAGGAACAGAACCAGAACCACGUUCAGACAUCCCAUCGGGGCAUAUUCCAGGCACCCAACCAUUACCAUAUGGAUAUUUGCUUGAUCCGGAGACCAAAACGUAUCCAGAAGAUGGGGAGGCGAUGCGUUCCACCGUGGAAAAAGCCUUGAAGGACUUACAUUGCACUUUGGAUCCAAGAAAACCAACCAUCUGCUCCUGUGGAACUGGUGUUUCAGGGGUCAUUAUCAAGACAGCAUUGGAGCUAGCCGGAGUUUCCAACGUUAGAUUAUAUGAUGGAUCUUGGACUGAGUGGGCCUUGAAAUCUGGUCCCGAGUGGAUUGCUGAAAAUAGAAAUUAA